GUUAUAUAUAUAUAUAACUCGAUCAGUUCCCUGAAUCCCAAGCUUUAAUUUAGAAUAAAGUUAAGGGAUCUGAUCGGAGAACAUUCUCAACUUUUUUGCAUGAGAAAUGGCCACCGCCGUGGCUGCUGACACUUUUGCAGAAACAGCAGCUCAGACUAAAAGAGAGAAUAAUGAUGAAAAGAGCAUUCCAGAAGAAGUUGAGACAGUGUUGGACAAACUACUGGCCACAGAGGAAAACAAGAAAGUUGAAAUAAUAAACAAUCCUCAUGAAGAAGCUGAGGAACCAUUAAAAGUGUUGGACAAAGAUGAUGAUGGAGGCAUACUCAAAGGAGAAAGUGAGGGGAAAACAUCCUCUCAUUCAGAAGACAUCAAUGAUGAGACAACUCUACAAGAUAAGAAAAGAGAUACUAAUGAAAAGACUUUGUCAGAAGAAGUUGAGAGAGGGUUGGACAAACUACUGGCCACAGAGGAAAACAAUCCUCAGGAAGUUUGUGAUGGCGGAACAGCUGAGGGUGAAAAGAUGACCGAAUUAUCCUAUGCUCACAAGGCUAUUGCUGAAGAGAAUUACAGUUCUGCAGAAUACAUUGGGAAACCAUGCAGCAAAACCGAAAAUGAAAUUCAAGAAAAUUUGUUCUCAGAAGCAGAGGAUGGCGAAGGUAAAGACUUUGGUAUUAUAUUGAAUAAUAAGGGGAUUCCACCAUAUGUAUCACAAGGAGAAAGUGAGGAGAAAACAUCUCAUUCAGAAGACACUAUUGAGGGAACAACUCUAAAAGAAAGGCACCUGCAUGAAGAAAUGGGAAACUUGACAGACAUAGUAGGAGGCAUAAGUGAAAAUAAAAGAGAGAAUGAUGAAAUGCAACCAGUUGAACCUGAGGUAGUGCUGGAUAAACAAGCCCAAGAGGGAACCAACAUUGUUGAGAUUGACAAUCCUUGUGAAUCAUUGAAAAACAAUGAGGAUGAUAAUGAUGGAACAGCUGAGGUUGAAAAGGCGGUUGAAUUACACUCAGUUGCAAAGGCUAUUGAAGAACCUAACAGUUCACCAGAACCCAUUGAAAAUCCAAUCAACACAGAAGAUGAAAUGCUGCCGAUUGAACCUGAGGUAGUGUUGGAAAAACAAGCCCCAGAAGAAACAAGCACCGUUGAGAUUGACAAUCCUCAUGAAUCAUUGAAAACCAAUGAGGAUGGUAAUGACGGAGCAGCUGAGGUUGAAAUGGCAGUUGAAUUACACUCAGUUACAAAGGCUAUUGAAGAACCUAACAGUUCACCAGAACCAAUUGAAAAUCCAAUCAACGCAGAAGAUGAAACGCUGCCGAUUGAACCUGAGGUAGUGUUGGAAAAACAAGCCCCAGAAGAAACAAACACCGUUGAGAUUGACAAUCCUCAUGAAUCAUCGAAAAACAAUGAGGAUUGUAAUGAUAGAACAGUUGAGGUUGAAAAGGCGGUUGAAUUACCCUCAGUUGCAAAGGCUAUUGAAGAACCCAAAUGCCCAGCAGAACCCAUUGAAAAACCAAUCAACACUGAAGAUGUUCAGGGAGUUAAUUAUUUGUUAGCCAGCCAAUCAGUUGCUUCUGAAAUCAAGGAAACCAACUUAGAUGAGGCAGUACCAGUAAUUCCAAAGCCGCUUGCAUAUUCUGCUCAAGUCUCUGAAACAGUUUUACAGGUGGACAUAAACACAAAUGACACUGAUGACAACCAGUCCAAAAUUUUAGAAAAGGAUAUGGUUGAUGGUAGUCUUCCUCAAGAAAACCACAAGGAGAAACUCAGUGACAUGAUCACAGAACAUGAGAAGCCGGCUUCUAUGGAAGCACCAAGAGGGCUACAUACAGAUGACAAUGUAACUGUCACAGUAUGUGAAGGCAUCAGUGAAGUGAAACAGCAGUGUAUAGCUGAAAUGUCCAAAGACGAUGCAGACUCAAAAAAUUCCACUAGUGAAAAUAAUGCAGAAAUUAGUCUGUAUGAUGUUCAUGAGGAGAUUGAAAGGUCAGGUUUUCAACAAAAUACUGAACUAACCUUCAGGAAAGAGCUUAUUUUAGACAAAAUUGAUGAUGUGAUACUCAAAGGAGAAAGUGAGGAUGAAUUCUCUCAUUCAGAAAACAUCAAUGAUGGGAUAGCUCUACAUGAAAAGCAGCUGCAUGAAGAAAUGGCUGUCAUAGCAGAUAUAGAAGAAGGCACAAGUGAAACUCAGUUGCAUGAAGAAAUACGAACCUUGACAGACAUAGUAGGAGGCAUAAGUGAAAAUCAAAGAGAGAAUGAUGAAAUGCAACCAGUUGAACCUCAGGUAGUGUUGGAUAAACAAGCCCCAGAAGAAACAAAUACCGUUGGGAUUGACAAUCCUUGUGAAUCAUUGAAAAACAAUGAGGAUGGUGACGAUGGAACAGUUGAGGUUGAAAAGGCGGUUGAAUUAUCCUCAGUUGCAAAGGCUAUUGAAGAACCUAACAGUUCACCAGAACCCAUUGAAAAUCCAAUCAACACAGAAGAUCAAAUGCUGCCAAUUGAACCUGAGGUAGUGUUGGAUAAACAAGCCCCAGAAGAAACAAACACCAUUGAGAUUGACAAUCCUUGUGAAUCCUUGAAAAACAAUGAGGAUGGUAAUGAUGGAACAGUUGAGGUUGAAAAGGCAGUUGAAUUACCCUCAGUUGCAAAGGCUAUUGAAGAACCGAACAGUUCAAUAGAACCUAUUGAAAAAGCAAUCAACACAGAAGAUGAAAUGCUGCCAGUUGAACCUGAGGUAGUGUUGGAUAAACAAGCCCCAGAGGAAACCAACAUGGUUGAGAUCGACAAUCCUUGUGAAUCCUUGAAAAACAAUGAGGAUGGUAAUAAAGGAACAGUUGAGGUUGAAAAGGUGGUUGAAUUACCCUCAGUUGCAAAGGCUAUUGAAGAACCAUACAGUUCACUAGAACCCAUUGAAAAUCCAAUCAACACAGAAGAUGAAAUACUGCCGAUUCAACCUGAGGUAGUAUUGGAUAAACAAGCCCUAGAAGAAACCAACAUGCCUGAGAUUGACAAUCCUUUUGAAUCCUUGAAAAACAAUGAAGAUGGUAAUGGUGGAGUAGUUGAUGUUGAAAAGGUGGUUGACUCAGUUUCAAAGGCUAUUGAAGAACCUAACAGUUCAGUAGAACCCAUUGAAAAACCAAUCAACACAGAAGAUGAAAUGCUGCCAGUUGAACCUGAGGUAGUGUUGGAUAAACAAGCCCCAGAGGAAACCAACACAGUUGAGAUUGACAUUCCUAGUGAAUUCUUGAAAAACAAUGAGGAUGGUAACGAUGGAACAGUUGAGGUUGAAGAGGCAGUUGAAUUACCCUCAGCUGCAAAGGCUAUUGAAGAACCGAAAAGUUCACCAGAACCCAUUGAAAAUCCAAUCAACACAGAAGAUGAAAUGCUGCCGGUUGAACCUGAGGUAGUGUUGCAUAAACAAGCCCCAGAAGAAACAAAUACCGUUGAGAUUGACAAUCCUUGUGAGUCCUUGAAAAACAAUGAGGAUGGUAAUGAUGGAACUGUUGAGGUUGAAAAGGCAGUUGAAUUAUCCUCAGCUGCAAAGGCUAUUGAAGAACUUAACAGUUCAGCAGGACCCAUUGAAAAUCCAAUCAACACAGAUGAUGAAAUACUGCCAGUUCAACCUGAGGUAGUAUUGGAUAAACAAGCUCCAGAGGAAACCAACAUGGUUGAGAUUGAUAAUCCUUGUGAAUCCUUGGAAAACAAUGAGGAUGCUAAUGAUGGAACAGUUGAGGUUGAAAAGGCUAUUGAAGAACCCAACAGUUCUGUAGAACCCAUUGAAAAACCAAUCAACACAGACGAUGAAAUGCUGCCAAGUGAACCAGAGGUAGUGUUGGAUAAACAAGCCCUAGAGGAAUCGAACACGGUUGAGAUUGGCAAUCCUCAUGAAUUCUUGAAAAAAAAUGAGGAUGGUAAUGAUGGAACAGUUAUGGUUGAAAAGGCUGUUGAUUUAUCCUCAGCUGCAAAGGCUAUUGAAGAACCUAACAGUUCACCCGGAGAAAGUGAGGAUAAAUUCUCUCAUUCAGAAAACAUCAAUGAUGGGAUAGCUCUACAUGAAAAGCAGCUGCAUGAAGAAAUGGCUACCAUAGCAGAUAUAGCAGAAGGCACAAGUGAAACUCUGCAUGGAAAAAUGGGAACCUUGUCAGCCAUAGUAGGAGGCAUAAGUGAAAAUAAAAGAAAGAAUGAUGAAAUGCAGCCAGUUGAACCUGAGGUAGUGUUGGAUAAACAAGCCCCAGAGGAAGCCAACAUUGUUGAGAUUGACAAUCGUUGUGAAUCAUUGAAAAACAAUGAGGAUGGUAAUGACGGAGCAGCUGAGGUUGAAUUGGCAGUUGAAUUACCCUCAGUUGCAAAGGCUAUUGAAGAACCGAACAGUUCAGUAGAACCUAUUGAAAAAGCAAUCAACACAGAAGAUGAAAUGCAGCAAGUUGAAACUGAGGUAGUGUUGGAUAAACAAGCCCUCGAAGAAACAAACACCAUUGAGAUUGACAAUCCUUGUGAAUCCUUGAAAAACAAUGAGGAUGGUAACGAUGGAACAGUUGAGGUUGUAGAGGCAGUUGAAUUACCCUCAGCUGCAAAGGGUAUUGAAGAACCUAAAAGUUCACCAGAACCCAUUGAGAAUCCAAUCGACACAGAAGAUGAAAUGCUGCCGGUUGAACCUGAGGCAGUGUUGCAUAAACAAGCCCCAGAGGAAACAAAUACCGUUGAGAUUGACAAUCCUUGUGAAUACUUGAAAAACAAUGAGGAUGGUAAUGAUGGAACAGUUGAGGUUGUAGAGGCAGUUGAAUUACCCUCAGCUGCAAAGGCUAUUGAAGAACCUAAAAGUUCACCAGAACCCAUUGAAAAUCCAAUCAACACAGAAGAUGAAAUGCUACCGGUUGAACCUGAGGUAGUGUUGCAUAAACAAGCCCCAGAAGAAACAAAUACCGUUGGGAUUGACAAUCCUUGUGAAUCCUUGAAAAACAAUGAGGAUGGUAAUGAUGGAACUGUUGAGGUUGAAAAGGCGGUUGAAUUACCCUCAGCUGCAAAGGCUAUUGAAGAACUUAACAGUUCAGCAGAACCCAUUGAAAAUCCAAUCAACACAGAUGAUGAAAUACUGCCAGUUCAACCUGAGGUAGUAUUGGAUAAACAAGCCCCAGAGGAAACCAACAUGGUUGAGAUUGAUAAUCCUUGUGAAUCCUUGGAAAACAAUGAGGAUGCUAAUGAUGGAACAGUUGAGGUUGAAAAGGCUAUUGAAGAACCCAACAGUUCUGUAGAACCCAUUGAAAAAACAAUCAACACAGAAGAUGAAAUGCUGCCAAGUGAACCAGAGGUAGUGUUGGAUAAACAAGCCCUAGAGGAAUCGAACACGGUUGAGAUUGGCAAUCCUCAUGAAUUCUUGAAAAAAAAUGAGGAUGGUAAUGAUGGAACAGUUAAGGUUGAAAAGGCUGUUGAUUUACCCUCAGCUGCAAAGGCUAUUGAAGAACCUAACAGUUCAUCCGGAGAAAGUGAAGAUAAAUUCUCUCAUUCAGAAAACAUCAAUGAUGGGAUAGCUCUACAUGAAAAGCAGCUGCAUGAAGAAAUGGCUACCAUAGCAAAUGUGUUAGAUAAAGAUGAUGACAAAGGCAAGACACCAGAGGAAAUUUCAGUUCAGGCUGAUUUGACAGAAACUUUGAAAGAUAGUGAGGAAUCGGGAGAAACCUGUAAAGAGCAAGGCAAGCCUUUCAUUCCAGCACCACCAAGCGAAGUCUUCACAGCAGAUCUACAGGGGAAGAUAAACACGAGUGACAAUGAUUAUAGUAACCAGUCUAAAAUUUUAGAACAGGAUACUAUAGUUGAUGGUAAUCUGAGUACAGCUUGUAAAGCUCAAGAAAACCCCGAGGAAAAACUCAGUGACUUGAUCACAGAACAUGAGGGAAAUUUGCCAAAAGAGAGUGAGGGGCCUGUUUCUACAGAAGCAUCAAGAGGGCUACAUACAGAUGAGAAUGAAACCACUGCAGUAUGUGAAGUCACAAGUCAAAUGAAACAGCAUGGCAUAGCUGAAACGGUCAAAGAUUAUGCAGACUCAAAAAAUUCCAUUUGUCAAAGUGGAGCAGAAAAGAAUCUUAAUGCAGCAGAAGAGGAGUUUGAAGGGUCAUGUCUACAACAAAAUAUUGAACCAACAACCUUCAGCAAGGAGCUUAUUUCAGAACAAAGCAAUGAAGGCAUACUCGAAGGAGAAGGUGAGGAUAAAGCAUCUCAUUCACAAAUCACAUAUGAAGGGAUAACUCUACAGGAAAAGCAGCUGCAUGAAGAAGUGGCAACCGUAGCAGACAUAGCAGAAGGCACAAGUGAAACUAAAAGAGAGAAUGAUGAAAAAACUUUGCCAGGUGAACAUGAGAUUAUGUUGGAUAAGCUUGCCCCAGUUGAAAGCAAAAAGGUUGAGAUUGGCAAUCCUCAUGAAAUCUCAAAAAGCAGUGAGGAAGGUAGUGAUGGAACAGUUGAGUGUGAAAAGAUGAUUGAAUUACCCUCAGUUGCCAAGGAUACUAUUGAAGAAAAUAACAGGUCUACAGAACCCACUGAAAACCCAAGCAAUACAGAAGAUGAACUGCCAGGAGAAUUAUUCUCAGAAGGAGAGAACAGAGAAGGUCGAGACACGGGAACCAUAUUAAAUAGGGAGAUUCCACCUAAUGAAUCUCAACCAGAAGCUGAAGAACCAUCAAAAGCAUUAGAAACAGAUGAUGAAGGCAUGACACCAGAAAAAACCGAUGAAGGCAUGACACCAGAAAAAACCUUUGUUCAGGCUGAUGCAGUAAUAAAUUGUCCAGCUGAUUUUACAGAGAAUUUGAAAGAAGAUCGUGAGAAAUCAGGAGAAGUUUGUAAUGAAAAUGAAAGCACACAGUGUAUCCUGGCUACUAAGACAAGUUUUCCCAAUGAUGAUUCCAACGAAACAAACGUCCAGGGAAUAGCAGAUAAAGAACAAGACAAGGAUUUCAUUCCAGAGGGUGAGAAUAUGGAUUCUUUGGUAGUGGAGUCACAUGAUGACAAGGAAGAUGGUAAGGUGAAAAAGGAAGAAAGCUUGGCUGAAACUUGCAAAAUUCCUCUUAUGGAAAUACAAAGUCAAAGUAGUGAUAGCCAGGAUGCUCACAAUGUGAUAGGCAGCCCCUUGAGCACUUCACCAACAGAAGAGACUAGCUCAGAAAAAGUUGGAUCCAGUGAGGUGGAGCCUGAAUCAACCAAAGCGAGUUCUGAUACAAUGGAAGAUGAAUUUGCUAAACAAGAAAUUUUGUCCUAUGGGAGCAGCAGUUGUCAAAUUUCCAGUGAAAUGGAGCAUAAUAUUGAACAUGAUGAGGUGGAAACAGAAACCAUUCAGGGAGUUAAUGAUUUUCUUGGAAGCCAAUUGGUUUCCCCUGAAAUCAAAGAGACUGGCUCGGGUGAGGGUACAUCAGCAAGUGAAACGACUGCAGACCCUGCACCAUUAAUAGAAGUCAAUGGAACAGUUUUAGAGGAUGGUGUACACAUGAAUGAAAAUAAAGAAGAUCACCAGUGCAAGAUUAUAGAAAAGGAUAACAUAGUUGAUGACUCUGUUACAGUGCAAGAGGAAAAUAUAACAAGAGCAGGUGAGGAGCAGGCUUCCGAAGAAUUAUUGAGAGGGUUACAUAGAGAUGAAAAUGAAACUGUUGCUGUGCAUGAUGUCAUCAGUGAAGUGGAACAGCAGGACACAGUUGAACUGUCAAAAGAUGAUGUGGAUUCAAAAGAUUCCUUGUUCAAAUAUGAAUCAGAAAAAGAGAACUUGCAUGCACCUUGUGAGGAGACUGAAAAGGAAGCUUUACCUCAAAAUGCUGAUCAAACAGCUUUCAAUGAGGAACUUAUUUCAGUAAAAGAUGAUGACGUACUCAGAGGAGAAAGUGAGGAUAAAGCAGCCCAUUCAGAUAAUAAUGGAGAGACAAACCCACAGGAAACGAAUAUGUUACCCAUUGACUUGGAUGAAGCAAAGAGUAUUCAGCGCAAUGAAAACAGUGAAUGGUCUAACUAUUCAACGGUUGAUGAAAAACCCGAGCAACAAAUCUACACACCAACUGAUAUGCCUACAGAAGAGCUAAAGUAUGCAUAUGAGACAAACAAAAUUCCUGAAAUCGAAGUUUUAGGUGAUACAUCUGUGCAAGGGCAGUCAGACUUGGACCUGAUAUCAGCAUGUCCAGAUGAUAUUCAUGUAGCUGAAGACAUAGGUGAGAACAGUAAUGAGAUGUGCCUUGAAGAAGUAGCUGACAUGGAAAAUCAAGAGGAUCAGAUCAAACAGGAUGGUUCUCAGAGAGCAACAUCUGAAGUAAGAGGAAACUUGAGCAAAGGAAUAGAAAAUGAGAUUAGCAAAGACUCUGUCUGCUCUAACACCAUAAUAGACAAAGAGGAAAGUUUAAACAGCAGAAUUCCAAGAGGCAAUGAAGAAGAAGCUAAGGAAUCAAAAGAAGAGAUUAAGGAACCAAUCAAAGAGGCCAACUACCACAACUUUCAGACUACACAUGCUGACACAGAAGAGCAAGUAAUAUGUGUUUUGACCAAUGCUCAAAAUACUAUGCAGUCAGAAGAGAAAAUGCUUCCAAAAGAAAAGGAGUGUCAUGUUCAAAACUUCUCAUUGCUCAAGACGCCUGAGGAAAAUGAAGAGCAAAUCUUAGAAACAGCAGAACCACUUAUGGCAGCAACUGGGGAAAUGGAAACAGAACUUGUUGAAGUGCAAGGAAAAAUAGCUCCAGUCAGCAGUGGUCUGGCUUCUGAGAAGGAUGUAGUUACUGGAAAUGAAAUGGAGGUGGACGCAGAUGAAACAGAUACAGUACCUAAUCAGGAAAAUGACUCCAGCUUGAAUAGGAAAGUGAAUGUGGAAACUGUGGCUGCAGGGGAAGAUACGGAUACCAGAGAAAUGAGCUUGCAUGAAGAGCAGAUUGAAGCAUGUUUGUCUAUAACUGAUGAUAAAGUUGCAAGCUCACUGGAGGAGGAAAACCCCAUAACAAAAAUAGUUAAUGAGACUACCAUUGCUGAAACUUCUUCACCACUUGAGACAAGGGAAGGUAUGGUGACCAAGGAGAAUUUACUUGAAGAAGAACAUCAUUCUGUGAUAAAUUCUGAAGGAAGGUCAUUGAAUGACUUGGAAGAAGAGAAAUUAGAACUCAACGAAAAAUCUCUCGAACACAGAACUGAAGAUUUUAUGAUCAAUAGCUCUGACAGCACUACCAAAGUGCAUCCCAAAUCAGUUCAACCUGAUGAAGAAUUAAUUCCCAGCUCCCAAUCUGUUGCUGAAGAAGGUGAUGAAAGCAUUACUUCUGAUGGUGCCUUGACGUCAAGUGCAGAAGAGGCAUGCCCACAGAAAAGCAUAGAAGUUGGAACAACAGAGACAUCAAAAGAUGAGGGCAGUGAGAUGUUUCAAGACAAACUGGUGCCAGAAAACACAAAUGUGGAACCAAAAAAUUUGGAUGCUUCCUAUUCCACAGAUAAAGAAAUUCAAGGAGCAGGGAUGGAGGAAACAUGUAUAGAGACAUCUGAACUUGAUUCAGAGAAGUCUGACCAUAUUAUUGAAUCUGCAUCAGAAGUUCACAAGUUGGAAAUGCCACUGGAAGCAGAAAAGGUUGGUUUUGUGGAAGAAAACCCGGCAGAAACAGAGACUGAGGAAAUCGUGAUCAAGGAAACAAAUGAAGAAAAUGAUAUCAUAAAAGAAGAUAUUUCAAGUGAGCAGACCCAGAUUGCUGAUCAAUCAGUGAUUGUAAAGUCUUCUCUGGAUUACCCUGAAGAAGUCCUAAGCCUAGAUGCCUACCAAGAAGUUGAACUGAAGCCAGAAGAAAAUGAGUUUGAGAGAUUAGGGGAAAAUGAAAGCAUAAAGGAGGAAGCCAGCAGUGGCGACAAAGCAGGAGCUGAAAGCUCAGUAGCCCAAGAUUCAGAAGCUCUCCAUGCAAUUGAAACUGCAGUUGCAGAAGAAUCACAUGAUGGAAAUGGUAAAGAGAUAUCUGAGAUGUCUAUGUUGCAUGAGCAAGUGAAGCAUUCAAUAGCUCUUGAGAAGCAGAAUGAAGAGCUUCAGAGCAUUGUGGAUGGAGCAGACACUGAAAAAACACUUGAGGAUGAAAAACUAGAUUCCUGUACCGAAGUACAAGAAGGGAUCACUGGAGAGGCAGAUGGAAGUAAGAAAACAGAGUCAAGCACACCAAAUGCCAGUGAAUGUGUUCAACUGAUGCAACAGGAGCCAGUUCUGACAGCUGUCAAACCUGAAAUACAAGAACUGGAAGCAGAAAAAGUUUCAGGUGCUCCAUCAGAAACAGAAAUGAAUCAGCCAAAAACAAAUGAGAUGUCCACAAAUACAUCAGAAGAAACCUCUCAUGAACAUGGACAUGAUGAAAUUCAAAGUGACGGCAUUACCAACUCUCAGGGGCCUGGAGAAACGACCAUGGAAAUGGCUAAAGAUGGAGAAACCGAAGUUCAACAGAAGAACCUUGAUUUCUCAUUCAACAUCAAAGAUUCAGCAAUGGAGAACUCAUCAACAGAGACAGAACCUAAAGAUGUCCAAGAUAACAUUGACAUCAUUGAGAGUGCACAAGAGCAUGUGCCAGCAAAGAUCCAGAAUGACAACAGUACUGACUCUGAAGAGAAAGGAUCCAAGAAUGAAGCAACAGAAGCUGCUUCCAAUGAAGCGGCAGGUUUAGAAUGUGGAGAAGAUGCGAAAACAGAAGUGGAAGUCAAUAAAGUAACAGACAGAUCCCAGACAAUGGAAUCAUCAACCCUUUCAGAUUCCAAUCUCGUGCUAGGAUCAAUAGAAGAGUCCUCACAAGUGACAGAACGUGAAGAUACUAAAAGCCAAACUGAGAAGCUUUGUGAUUUUACCCACAAGGAUUCAGAAAUGACACAACCAAGGGAAUUUCCUUCUGAUUUUACAGAGAUAAAAAAUUACAUUGAUGACAAACUAGCACAACAUGAAAGUAAGGUUGCUGUAUUGGAUACAGAGUUUCCAGCAGAAGCAGAUCCACAUGAAAACACAGAGGUCAGGACUUCAAAUGAGGACAAUGAUUCACAAGAAAUGCAACAGAAUUCAGUUAAUGAUUUAGAGGAGAUGAAACCUGAGAAUGCUGGAGAGACUAAAAAUAUGGAAACUACUGAUCCUAAGGAUAUUGUUCAGAGCAUGCAAGAGAAAGAUACAGUGGUUAGCACAUGUGAGAAUAUCUCAAGUAACAACAUAAAUGCAUCUAAGGAAGAAACAAAAGAAAGGCGCACGCUCACAGAGGCACGUGAUGAAGCUUCCAUGGCGGGCCUUCCACGUGCUUGUUUGAAUGAAAGGGAGGUCAUUUUCCACAAGGAGGAAGAUGAGGCAAGUAAAGUGGAAACAGAACAACAUGAGGAGGCAAGAUCAGAUCAAGAGGAAGAGGAAGGAGGAGAACACAAGGGAGAAGAUUCGGGGCCUGAAGCUCCGGUGAUGGUAGAGAACGCCGGCGCCGGAGAUGCUGACGUCAAAGCCAGUAAGAAGAAACAUCAUAAUAUUCUGUCCGGAGUUGGAUCCAAAGUGAAGCAUUCAAUUGCAAAGGUGAAGAAAGUGAUCACGGGUAAGUCUUCUCCAACAAAGCAACAAUCGCCUAAAUAGAAGUGAAGAAGAAGAAGCAGAAAUUUGAUUGGAUUAAACUGAGUUUGUGUGUAGUAGAAGUAUUAUUGUUUAUGAAGCAUUUGUUACUGCAGAGUGUAUACGGUUUGUUAAUUUGUGUAUUAUACGGUUUUUGUUUCACAGCCCGUGAAACCAUUCCAAGGAUUUCAAAAUGGACAAAUGGGCUGAUGGUUUUUUCAGAAACAAAAAUUAGGGUGAUUUUUGGAGAUGAAGUUUUUUGUUGAUUUUUUAUCGUGUAAA